AUGUGCCAUUCAUCUAACUGUGGAGGACAUUUCUCUAGACAAAAAAUAGCUGCAAAAAUUUUUCAGUGUGGUUUUUAUUGGCCUACAAUCAUUAGAGAUUCUAUAAAAUUUAGUAGAACAUGUAUUUCAUGCCAAUCUAUAGGUAACAUGAGUAAAAAAGAUAAAAUGCCCAUGAGAAACAUGUUAGUAGUCGAAAUUUUUGAUGUAUGGCAAAUAGAUUUCAUGGGUCCCUUCCCAUCAGCUGAAAAAUAUGAAUAUAUUUUGCUUGCUAUUGAUUAUGUGUCGAAGUGGGUGGAAGCUAUUCCUACUAGAACUAAUGAUCAUAAAAUCGUUAUGAAAUUUGUGUAG